AUGACGUAUGCUUAUGUUGAGCACCUUGAAAGUAAUCUUGGAACGACCUUACUUAUGUCAGUUAUUCGCGAUCAUUCUGAGCGCAGUGAUAUUUCUCAAGCACUGCAGCACUUACAUCAGCAGGGUCGCUGUUGUGGUUCUCAGUCUUUCGAGGACUGGCGUGAUUCUGUUUGGUGGCAGAAGGUAAAUGGCGUAGCUGAGCUUAAACAGCGUUCUUUUGAUUUGGUUGUACCGGAUUUUUGCUGCCGUUCAGUGAAACCGAACUGCGGACGCCGAGAUCAUCCCUCUAAUAUUUAUUAUAAUGGAUGUUUAAUUUAUUUGAAAAAAUGA